AUGGACCCGAUUCUUCCCUCGGGUUCUCCCCACGUUACCCGCAGCGAAAAAGAUUCCCUUCUCAAGACAUUACGGGAGAGACAACCCACAAGAAAACCGGCAGGCCACCCAUCAGAGCACGAAUUCAAGCCCCAGGCAAGACCAAGAAAGGCCCAUCGUGGCCCCGGUCCCCAAAUAUCUCGAGACGCUAUCAGCCCCGCGAGGGCCCGACACCUUGAGCGCAACCGUCUCGCUGCAAACAAAUGCCGGCUGAAAAAGAAGAGAGAACACGAGCAGAUCCAGGGCGUAUUACAGAGCGAGACGGCACGACGAGACAUACUAUUAGCGGAGGUGGAUGUCCUGAGAGAGGAACUCUGGCGUCUUAAAAACCGAGUCUUCGCGCAUGCAAAUUGUGACGAUCAGCAUAUCAGUCUCCAGCUUUCACAAAUGAACCAGGAUCUCCUCAAUUCGAGCUCGCGGCGAAGCUCGUCGUCGUCUUUCGAGGAUAAUCUGUCUUCUGGUGGGUCAGAAGAAGGUGCAAUGGGCAUGGAUGCGUGUACGACUUUCCCGGAGUGGGGAGAUUUCUCGAGUACGCUGCCUGUCUACGACCAGGAUCGUUGUGGAGGGUAUUUUGAUGAAUUACUUGAUAACUUUGUUGAUGUCACCAAGAUGUAG